GGAAUAACUUCAAAAGCUCUGUACCUAAGGUCUGCUUGAAUGAACUUCUUGGGGUGAAGGCGUCUGAUGUUCCAAUUUUCGAUAUGUAUGGGUGGAGAUAAAAUAAUCUCUUGAAUGAGAAGGUUAAUAUACAUAGAAAUAUGGCCGAGGAAAAGAAAAAGGAUGGGAACGCACUCUUAGGGAAAAAGAAGAAAAUAAAACCGAGGAAGUCGCGUGACGCUGACUGCUGCAGUGUCAACUUCUUGAAGUGCGUUCUACACAUCUUCAAUGUGGUGUUCCUGUUUGCAGGCGUCGGCGUGCUGGCAGUGGGUGCGUGGACAGUAGCGUCGCGGCAUCGUUUCGUCGCGUUGCUACCAACUCCCACAUACCCGGCGAUAGCGUAUCUCCUAAUAAUCGCGGGCGGUCUGGGCGCGCCACUCUGCGCACUCGGCUGCUGCGGACUGAAGACUGAGAAUAGGACGAGCUUGUUGUGUUAUACAUACUUCCUGUUGAUCACGUUCAUUUUGGAGGCUGGGGCGGGCGGGUUGGCCUAUUACUACGAAGUGGCCGUAGAGGAGGAGUUGCGCGCUGAGCUGAACAACACCUUCUUGUCCAACUACGCGCUCGACACCAUCAUCACUGACACCGUUGAUAGAAUGCAGGAAGAGUUUAAAUGCUGUGGUGCGGUGAGGUUCCAAGACUGGCGGCGGAGCGCGUGGCACGAGCAUGACCCGCGGCUGCUCGUGCCAGACUCCUGCUGCAAGACUGUAGCCAUACGGUGCGGCACGCGCGACCACCCGUCCAACAUUCACUACAACGGUUGUAUAAGACAGUUCACCGACCACAUACGAGACCACCUCAUUAUACUGGCGGCGGUCGGUGUGGGCAUGUCCGUCAUACCAAUCUUCGGGUUCUUGUUCUCGUGCAUUUUGUACGUAAAAAUUAAACACGUGAUCGACUGACCUCGGCCGAAGCCGGCGGCACCUAACACUCGCAAGGUGUUCGACAAGUCUGCGUCGUCCGGCGACUUAACCAAGCAUCAAACAAGUUCUAACCGCCCCCGCCCCCCGCCGCGUUAUAAACGACCGCGACGCCCGCCCUGCCCCCUGCACGCCGCCCCCGCCCCCGCCCCCAUACACACCAUCAGCGACAACCUCAGCAUAUAGACGUCGCCCGGCGACUGAACCAAGCAUCAAACAAGUUCUAACCGCCCCCGCCCCUCUCCGCAUUAUAAACGAUCGCGCCGCCCGCCCUGCCCUCUGCACGCCGCCCCCGCCCCCGCCCCCAUACACACCAUCGGCGACAACCUCAGCAUAUAGAUGUCGCUCAGCGACUUAGCCAAGCAUCAAACUACUUCU